AUGUCCAUAGGGAGAGUACCUUUGCCCGAAAGGGUGACUCACUGGCCAAGUGCAGCUGGAUUCGGCGGCACUGAUGAGGCAAAGACUGCUUCGAAAUUAUAUUACGACAAAUACAACCAGCUUAAAGUGGCCGGAGCUGAGGUAUAUACUCCAAGAAAUCGGCAUGCUGCCAAAGACCAGGAUUGGCACUUGGUUCGGUAUUUCAAGCUCUUCCUCCAUCCUCCUGCAAUGGCAAAUUAUGAAGAUUUCAAUUUCGAAGCCCUUCCAGCUGGACUCACUAUCGAAACCGUAUACGCAGAUAUCAUAAGAUAUCUACUCGAACAUACCAAGAAGCGUAUCAAUGAAAGAUCCGACAUGGAAGACUGGGAGGAGCUAUCCCGCAACAUAACCUUGGUCAUAGCGCACCCAAAUGGGUGGGGGGUCCAACAGCAAGCCAGACUGCGAUCUUCUGUGGUCAUGAGUGGAUUUAUCGGAGGAGAUGAUUCUGUACGGCGAGUUAGGUUUGUCCCAGAAGCAGAGGCAUCGGUACACUACAUACUAUGGAAGCAAUAUAAAAAUCUCGAACCGGGAGACCAGUUCAUUGUCUGUGAUGCUGGUGGAUCAACGGUCGAUACUGCGGCCUACGUAGUUCAGGGAGUAGCUGAAGGUGAGAUGACGGGUGACCGUAAUCCCGAGACAGCGACUGUGACCGAUGCGAAGAAGGGCAUACGUACCCGCCUAACUAAUGCAUUCCGGAGUAACAAAUCAAAGUCAGCCACUCCCACCGCAUUUUAUUCCCCCACUCCUUCAAUCCGCCUCAAAGAAGUCAAGCCUUCAGAUUGUCAACCCGCCGGAGGCAUUUUUGUCAACGAGGCAUUUAUCAAAUACCUCAAAAGUAUCUUGAAUGCUCAACCUCCAGAGCAGCAGCGAAUGGUCGAACAGUUUAUACAAAAGGGAGAAGAAAACUUUGAGCUACAUUGCAAGCGGGAGUUCAACACUGGACCCGAGGCACAGCAAUAUUAUGUCGUUGAAGCAGGGGUUUCGCUUCCGGAAAACCCCGAUGUUGUUCAAAGCUUUUUCGAGGAUCCUGUGCGGGGUGUGAUUAAGAGCCUACAUAAGCAGUUGGCAGGUAUGAGGCCAAAGUACAUAUUCCUGGUGGGAGGGUUCGGCGCUAGCAAGUAUCUACGGCGGCGGGUCGAAGAAGAAUUCCGCCCAUGGAAUAUCCGAGUGUUAUUCCUGGACGAUACCUAUGGUAAAGCUGCAUCGGAUGGCUCUAUCAUUUGGUACGUUAAGCAACGUGUCGUUGGGAGGGCGGCGCGCAUGUCAUUCGGGCUGAAAACUAUGGAACCAUACGACCCAGAAGUCCUGGAGCAUGUGCACCGCCCGACAAAGACCUUGGCAAAUGGGAUCCCACAUGUAGGCGGAAAGUGGAGUCAAAUCAUUGCGCGGAGUCAAAUGGUAGAUUGCAAUCUCGUUAUCAAAAAGGCAUACGAAAGAAUGUACGAGUCGUUCAAUCCCGACUUGGGCCAGUUUACGGUCGCUUUAUAUGCAUGGGUAAAUGAAGCGACGUCUCCUCCAGGCUGGGUGGUAGAUUCGAAUGAUAACAUGAUCGACGGUUUUGAAUUGGUUUGCUUCAUUAGUGCUCAGAUUAGUACUAUGGAAGGUGCUCUUCAGAAGGAUCCGAGCUCAGAUAACUGCUGGAGACUCGGUUUUAUAUUAUGUAUCGAGUUUGACGGGGUUGAGCUCAAAGCGAGAUUGGAAUGGGUCGAAAAGGGCAUACUUCGAGCAGGGCCAGCACAAGUGCUCGUCAAUUAG